AUGGUGCUGGGACGCCUCACCCACAUCGCCUUUGACGCAGUCCUCAUCUCCGCUUUUCUCGCCGGCAUCAAGAGAAGCACAGGUCUCACACCGACCAGUGUCAAGGCAUCCUCCAUCGGCGAGAGCAAGGAGGUACAAACCUGGGUUGACCGCUACCUCGGCGUGGGUGAAUGGGUGAUGGAUCAGUCGGUGGCCAUCAUGGGAAGCAGCAGCUACUUUGAACGACGGCGGUGA